AGACCCUUCACUACAUCAAAAACAAACUCAAAGUCAUUCAUCUCUUGUAUAUCUUCACCCAAAGGCUUCAAGCUUUCCUAUUUCACCUUUUUUUUUUUGUUGUUGUCAAACUCCUAUUUCACCCUUAUUCUCUAAUUUGAAUCAAAAGAUAUCCCAUUUUCAUAUUCCUCGGUGAGUCGUUCAACACAGUUGUACAUUAUAACACCAAUGGAUAAGCUACAGAAGAUGAUCUCCGAGAAGUCUGUAGUGAUCUUUAGCAAAAACUCGUGUUGCAUGUCCCACACAAUCAAGACUCUCUUCAUAGACUUUGGGGUGAACCCAACGAUCUAUGAGCUAGAUGAGAUUAACAGAGGAAAGGAGAUAGAGCAAGCAUUGGCUCAGCUUGGCUGCAGCCCAGCCGUGCCAGUGGUGUUCAUAGGAGGGCAGCUCGUUGGUGGAGCCAAUCAAGUCAUGACUCUCCAUCUCAAUCGCUCUCUCGUUCCAAUGCUUAAGCGCGCUGGAGCAUUGUGGCUUUGAUUUAAAAAUAAAGUGAUACUUACGUAAAGAACGUAGCAUGAUAAUAAUGACGUAAUGAAAGUACAUGUAUGUAUGAAUGUUUUUUCUGUCUAAGUUUUGAAAGGAUAGACCAUGAGGAUACCUGUUUUGUAACGUGUGGGUAAACUUUAUAAUAAAAUCAGUUAGUGUUUGGAUUUCCUCUCCCA